UCGUCUCUGCUGUCGUGGGGAGGCAGUGGGGUGAGAAGACGAGGCGGGGCGGGCAGCCUGGACACUGCGAGGGCAGUUGCUUCUAGUCGCGGGAGUGGGAACGCGCGGUGCAAAACGGGUCCGCUUCAUCGCGGCUCGCUUCCGGCGUCAUGGCUCAAAGGGCCUUCCCGAAUCCUUAUGCCGAUUAUAACAAAUCCCUGGCCGAAGGCUACUUUGAUCCUGCCGGGAGGCUGACUCCUGAGUUCUCCCAGCGUUUGAACAAUAAGAUCCGAGAGCUUCUGCAGCAAAUGGAGAGAGGCCUGAAGUCCGCAGACCCUCGGGAUGGCACCGCUUACACUGGCUGGGCAGGUAUUGCAGUGCUUUACUUACAUCUCUAUGAUGUGUUCGGGGACCCUGCCUACCUGCAGAUGGCGCAAGGCUAUGUAAAGCAGAGUCUGAACUGCUUGUCCAAGCGUUCCAUCACCUUCCUCUGCGGAGACGCAGGCCCGCUGGCAGUGGCCGCUGUGGUGCAUCACAAGAUGAACAACGAGAAGCAGGCAGAGGAUUGCAUCACCCGGCUAAUUCACCUGAACAAGAUUGAUCCUCAUGUUCCAAAUGAAAUGCUCUACGGACGAGUGGGCUACCUCUACGCUCUUCUGUUUGUGAAUAAGAACUUCGGAGUGGAAAAGAUCCCUCAGAGCCAUAUUCAGCAGAUUUGUGAAACUGUCUUAACAUCUGGAGAGAACCUAGCGAGAAAAAGAAACUUCACAGGAAAGACUCCACUGAUGUAUGAAUGGUACCAAGAAUAUUAUGUGGGGGCCGCUCAUGGCCUGGCAGGAAUUUAUUACUUCCUGAUGCAGCCCUGCCUUCAAGUGAGCCACGCAAAGCUGCACGGCCUGGUCAAGCCCAGCGUAGACUACGUCUGCCAGCUGAAGUUCCCUUCCGGCAAUUACCCUCCCUGUGUGGGCGACACUCGCGACCUGCUGGUCCACUGGUGCCACGGUUCCCCGGGGGUAAUCUACAUGCUCAUCCAGGCCUACAAGGUGUUCAGAGAGGAACAGUAUCUCAACGAUGCCUACCAGUGUGCCGAUGUGAUCUGGAAGCACGGGUUGCUGAAGAAGGGGUACGGGCUGUGCCACGGCACUGCGGGCAACGCCUACGCCUUCCUGACACUGUACAACCUCACUCAGGACGUGAAGUACCUGUACAGGGCCUGCAAGUUUGCUGAAUGGUGCUUAGAUUAUGGAGAGCACGGAUGCAGAACUCCAGACACCCCCUUCUCCCUCUUCGAAGGAAUGGCUGGAACAAUAUACUUCCUGGCUGACCUCCUGGUGCCCUGCAAAGCCAGGUUCCCUGCGUUUGAACUGUAGAGGGAAGCCCGCCCCCUGCCCCUGCCCUGCACUGCAUGACCCUGUCUGUGCAUCGGCCCUGAGCCAAGUGCUGUCGUGGCUUUCAAGGAAACAGAGUCAAACUGUGUGCUUCAUUUAGUGGAUUUUUUGGUCAUAAUUCGUCUUUAGUUCACUUCCUUUUCUUUAUCAUUUGCUUUUAUUUUAAAAUAUCUAAGAAAAUCUUUUAACUUCACUUUCUUCCAAAAAGGAAGUUGGGCAAUAUAGACAGUAUUAUGAGGGCAUAUAUGUAUAUACGUUUUACAAGUUGGAGGAAACCUUCUUCUUAUUUAAGCUUAUGAAUAUAACCGUCUGUUACUGUUCUAAACAUGCUUAAAAGAAACUAAAUGUAGGUAAACAAAGAUGAAUAUACAGUGUUGUCAGACACUGCCCUCUACCUCCGCUCUUCAGUAUUUUCCCUCCAACAGGACAGUUUUAUGACUGCUUUUCUCUGUGGUUGAUUAUGAAAGGGGACAAAAAUAUAACUCUGUGCUUCCAGGACAAAAAUUGCAAGAGUUACAAACUAGUUCAGGGACCUAAACACCAUUGUUUAAAUUCACAAUGCUUAUUUAAACUGGAGAUAAACAUGCUUUGAAAUUUGCCUCUUUUUAUUAGUAAAGCAUCCAGCCUGUAGCCAACAUUUUCAUCAAAAAUUUCUAAAAUGCAGUGGUGGUUGUGAAGAUUCUGAUUUGAUGUUUAGUUCUAGAUAAGCUAACAAUAAGUUCAUUGUUUUUUUCUAAAAUAAGCUAGUGUAUUUUAUACCUAUUUAUUUAAACGUGUUUGUUCUGAAGAAUUAGAACAAGACCAGGAAACCAGUGUCCAGGGUGCGACCGUGUUGUAACUGAGGAUCUGCGUCCACCCCGUCCGACGGACCGGGACUCUGGCUUGUGUUGUACUCAGUCGGCAGUGACUCUGCUUUAGUGCUGGCUGUGUGGGGCAAACCACCUUUUCCUCGCCGGCGCUCUGUCUGGGCACUGGCCUUUCGCUGGGUAAUGCAGCACUCCGCUUCUGUUUAAAAGGAGGGAGUGUGCUAUGUAUAAAGCCAUUAACUUGGGGGAAAAAACACUAAGCAUUUGAUAGAAAUCAGUGAUCGUGCUUAGAACUAAUGGGUCCUGCCUCUUUGCAUGUGUGAGGCUUAACGUUCAUCAGUCUCUGAGCCCUCAGAUCUGGGUAUUUAUAUAGUGAAAGUAGAAUCCCUGGCACUUCAAAUCUGUACAAAUAUUUUGAGUCAUCAGCUUCUAUUCCCCUCAUUCCAUCACUUCCUUUCCCAGGCAGGUUUUGUUUUUCUACAUUUUGACUGCUUUUAGAACAUUUUGUAGCUUAAAAAAAAAAAAAAACCGGUCUAAGAAUGUUAAAUGCGCCCAUCCCACGGCUCCCUCCAUCCUAAGAACAUGCUGUUUUGUCCUGAGGCUAUGAACCAGACCCCCACCAGGGGUGCGCUGGUCCCUGUGGGUAGCAGCCCCCUGUUAUUUUCUACUUAGCACCAAAAUAGCUAAUAUUAUCGGAAGUUGUCUGACCCUUUAAAGGCUACUGACCAUAGAUCUAAAACAAUAGCCCACUGCUCAGAUCCUUGGAUUAGCUUAUCCUCUGUGACUUGUGCUAGUCUGGGCCACCUUGUGCCUCAGGCUUCCGCAGUGCUGCCUUUCUCCUGAAUGUUGCAGAUCCAUGGUGUCAGCAUUCACAGUAAAGCUAAUUUGCCUUUGGCUGGGUGUACAACUUGAAAGAAUAAAACCCAUUUGGUUUAGUUAAAUGUCUUACUGUCCUGUGCAAUUAGAGUUACUAACUAAGGGAAACAGAAUAAAACACAUUUUCUCCUAGCCCGGGACUUGAUCACAGUGCUUCUCCUAACGCCUUGAUUAAUUUAAGCCAGGAAGACUUCAAGACAGAGAGAACAUUUUGAAUAAGAUUUUUGUUAAUAGUUCAAUUACAGUCUGGCUCCUUUUAUCCAUUAUGAAAUUUAUCAAUACAAACACAAUUCAGGUACCACUUCUUGGGGGGAAGGGUGCUUUUUAGGACUUAUAAAACUGACAGAAUUGAUAUGUGCCUCUUUUUUGAUGCUUAAAAGAAAAUUUGAUAGUAUUUUAAACUUGCACAAAUGCCAUGAACUAAGACCAGUACCCUAACACCAUGCUAGAAACUGAAAGAAACUUCUACACUAAUUUGCUUAGUUUUAAAAGAAAGAGGAAUCAUUUCCCCCUGCAUAUUUUUGUUUUUGGUAAAAAUCCAUCCCAAAAGUUGCCUCCCAGAAAAUUCAGUAGCGUCUCUCAAGUCCGCGAAAAGCCUAGAGUCACACCCGAAGGGCUUGCUGCAGAGUGGUCAUUUAUCCUGCCUGUGUUUCUGCUCCUGCAGUGAUGGAAAGUUGCAGGAGGUAACUCUUCACCAUGAAAAAAAUGUUAAUGUCAUCACAACUAUUGUCAUCAACCCUGUCGGGCUUCGGUCUCAUCCAAGUUCUCAGUCUUUAGCCCUCAGCAUUAUUUGUCUCCGUUUUCAUCUGUGAUGUCUACUCCAGUUACUUGGCAUCGGAUGCCUUCAUGGGAGAUGGAGUGUUAGGUGAAAGUGGAUCCAAAGCUGUUUUCUCUUCUUGUUACCACUUCCCUAUGUAGCUGAGUGGACAGAGAUCCUCUGCUCCUAAGUCCUCAGGCUAAUUUCUGUCUGAUCCUACCAUGUCCUGCCUUGUACUAGCAGAUUUUGAAAUGCAAAAUGUGAAGAGUGGACAUUUAUUCAUCUACUCGUUUGGCUACUAGAACUCAUCUGUUGUCCUUGGUACUCAUACUGAAUUGAUUCCCCUUCUGCUUCCCCUAAAAGGUCAGAGCACCCCAUUUCUGUAUGGCUAAGCUAUAGAGCUAUUUCUCCACUAUAGAAAUAAAACAAAAUUGUUGGAGGUAUUCAGGGAACCCACCCUGGUAUAUUGCCAUUUAUUGGGAAGGGCUGGGAUCAUAUGUAUUUCUGUGUUCUGUAAAGGAUUUAACUUACUGGUUCUCAAUAAAAAUUUAUUAAGACU